CCCUCAUGCACUGACAUCCACUUGUUUGUGUAGGAACCUCCUCCACUCACAAUCAAAGACUCUAUGACGGUGCGGAGAGGAAAGAAGCUCAGCAUCUCCAUCCAGGAACACAUGGCCAUAGACGUCUGCCCCGGCCCCAUCAGACCCAUCAGACAGAUCUCCGCCUACUUCCCCCGCCUGUCCCCCACCUCCCCCACCCCCAUCUCCCCGAUCCCCGCCUCCUCCCCCCUGGCCCUCAGCCCUGGCCCCGUGGCCUCCGGGAUGGGCGGGGCUCACCUCCUGUCUCCUCUGCUGGCCCACGGCAGGCCGGGCGGGGGCGGGUCUCUGUCUCUGACCAGCAGCGUGGACACGUCGGUGGAGAUCAACAGCUCCGACAGUGACGACUGCACUGCUCUGGGAACUCUGGAGUUUGAGCUGAGAUACGAGCAGAGCUCCAGUGAGCUGCACUGCACCCUGCUCCGGGCCAAGGGUCUGAAGCCCAUGGACUUUAACGGUUUAGCCGACCCGUACGUCAAACUGCACCUGCUGCCUGGAGCCUGUAAGGCCAAUAAGCUGAAAACGAAGACGAUCCGUAACUCAUUGAAUCCAGUGUGGAAUGAAACCCUCACUUACGUCGGGAUCACGGAAGAAGACAUGCACAGGAAGACGCUCAGGUUGUCUGUGUGUGACGAGGACAAGCUGACUCAUAAUGAGUUGAUCGGAGAGUCCCGUGUUCCUCUGAAACGUGUGAAACCGAAUCAGACCAAACAUUUCCACACCUGCCUGGAGCAUCCGCCUCCGAUGCCCUCUCCCACGGCCAUGGGCGAAGCUCUGCGAGGAAUAUCCUGCUACUUAAGAGAGUGGGAGAACGAGCAGCUGCACAGCCUGGAGGAGAGAGGUCGUCUUCUUCUCUCCCUGCAGUUUCUGCCUCCGCUCAGUUUGGAGGAUAAAGAUGUGGAAGGAGGAGGAGGAGGCGAAGGUCGUCGCAGCGGGGGUCUCUGCGUGGGCGUGAAACGCUGCGCCCACCUGGCAGCCAUGGACGUGAAUGGAUUCUCCGACCCCUACGUCAAAAUAUACCUGAAGCCCGACAUACAGAAGAAAUCCAAGCACAAAACAGCAGUGAUGAAAAAAACCCUCAACCCUGAAUUCAAUGAGGAGUUUUUCUACGAGAUCUCUCUGUCGGAGCUGGCCAACAAGACGCUGGAGGUGACGGUGUGGGACUACGAUCUGGGACGCUCCAACGACUUCAUAGGUGGCGUCUGUCUGAGCUGUCACUCCCAGGGUGACGCCCUCCGUCACUGGAUGGACUGCCUGAAGAACAAGGGCCGCAGGGUGGAGAGGUGGCACAUUCUGACCAAUGAGCUGCCAAGAACCUUCAGCCACGACUAACCCCCUCCACCCCGCUGCAGCACCCUCCGUGCAUGCAGACAGUCGCUGUCAGGGAUCUCACGGUUCCUCUGGUUUCUUUACGGGACAGAUUUGAGCAACUUCACAACAGGAAUCAGCAGUAGUUGUGAGGAAAGGUGUAUUAUAA